AUGUUAGUCAACAGCCCUGACAAUAGGUCCCAGGGUGCUUUUACAUCUAUAUCCAACGGAUCGCAAGUACUCCCCCCUAGCACACAGCAGGCUUCCACAGAUGAUGAAAAUAUACUCACCAAUAUAUGCUUUAACAUGUGUCGCAAGGAGAGUUAUCAUCCUAACAAGGGCUUUAAGCAGCUUGUCCGAAAACUCAAGCAGAAUGCUACUGUGGAAGUAAACAAAGAAGACAUCACACUUGAUCGAUUGCUUCCACAUGACAUAGUGGUGUUCGCAGCCCCGCAGCAAAUUUGCAGCGCGGAAGAUUUGACCGUGAUUCGGGAGUACGUUGAGAAAGGUGGCUCUGCCUGCAUGAUGUUUGGUGAUGGCCACGGCGGGAGGUACUCUUAUCUGAACCAAUUGCUGAUGGAUUGGACUGGGAUUCGCCUCAACGAUGAUUGCGUUGUUCGAACCGUCCAACACAAGUACUUGCAUCCUAAGGAAGUUUGUGUCACGAACGGUGUGAUUAAUCGUGCGCUCAAUAAAGCUGCGGGUAAAAAUGUCCAUGGGGUGUCAGGCGGUUACAGCUCGGGUUUUGGUACAAACAGCGGUAGUUUUGGUCCUACAAAAGCUAACGGGACUGCUUCCUUAGGAUUUGGCAGAGGUACCUUUACUACGCUUAGUCGCACUACAAUCACCAGUAAGACGGACGUAGGACACAACAUGCAGAAUAUGGCAGCACAGAUGUCUCAAGCGGAUGAUAACGUCACUCAGAUUGCCGCAGACACACUGACCAGUUUAAUCUUUGUAUAUCCCUACGGCCUUACCUUUAAAGUAAAUCGACCAGGUGUCCCGAUCCUCAGCAGUGGUUUUAUGUCCUACCCGCUUAACCAACCAAUAGCCGCGGUUUGGGAGUGUCCACAUGUCGUGGAGCAUCUGGGUCGCCACAAACAGGGUAAGCUGCUGCUCAUCGGAAGUGCACAGGUGUUUGAGGACAGCUGGCUUGAUAAAGAGGAGAACGAUGUCCUAGCGGCAGUUCUCUUUGACUAUCUGAAUCACCGUAUUCGUCUUAAUCAGAUUGAUGCAGACGAACCGGAUAUAACGGAAUAUCAUCAUCUCCCAGAUACUGCAUCACUCUCGGAUCGCUUACGCGUGGCCGUGGAGCAACAGGAGGAGCUUCCCCGCGAUUUCACAAAACUAUUCGACCUGAACACCUUUAAACUAGACACAGAUAAAAUCCCGAACGUGGUAGAGACCUACGAAAAGCUUAACUUAAAGUUAGAGCCGCUGUCACUGAUUCCGCCUGAGUUUCAGACUCCGCUGCCUCCUGUAAAGCCAGCGGUUUUUGAUCCGAUUCAUCGUGAUCCGAUGAUCCCUGCGCUCGACUUAUUCGAUCUCGAUGAGGAGUUCGCACCGGAGCGUGUGCAGUUAGCUCAGCUGACCAACAAAUGCAAGCCCGAAGGUCUGAGUUACUACAUACUAAGUGCUGCCGAAAUUUUAGGCGUCACAAAGAAGCUCCGCAGUCCACGUAAUCGUGACCCCCGCGCGCUUCUCGACUACGUAUUUCGCCAAGUGGUGGAGUACAAAAAGACAAAUGCACAUAUGUUCCGUAAGGAUAGCGCCUCGGAAGUUGUUUCUGCUGCAGUGGAUAGCGCUAGUCAUGUGGUGACGAUGGACAGUGCAAAGGACAGCCCAGAUGCUUCUGGUGUGAUGCGUGUGAUACGGGUGGAAUGUGAUUCUAAUAAGAAGUCUUCCUGCGAUCCAACACCUUUUGUUGAAAAUCCUCACUGGAUGCUACUUUUGGAAGCGAACUUUGCCAGCGGCACCAUAAGCGGUACCAUAAAAUUAUUUGAGGAUUCACCACGCUUAAUUGCGCAAGAAGCUCGAGUGACAGGUGUAAUAAAUACUUCUGGGAAUCAGGAGUAUCCAAUGGAGUGGGGUAUAGCGUUGGAGUCGCCAGAAGGAGAAGUUAUCUUUUUUACUUUCUAUGCUAAAAUACAGGGCAACCAGCUGCGCGGUGAAUGUGGGCGAGGAAACGGUUCGACUCGAAAUCAGCAAAAUUUUGUUUACAAUAUUGAUGAUCUAUGA